UCUUGAUUCGAAAGCUUCUCCACGGUCUGGCUUAUCUGUGGGACGUAAUUUCGAAUGCAAUCCUCACAUUCCAACCCGGACGACUGGAAAUGUGCCUUUUGAUCCCAUUUACAGCUUUUAAAUUAGGAGUGAUUUUAUUGCCUGCUAAAAUGUUCUGAUAUGAAUUAUUAGUAUAGUAAUUACAACUAUAGUAAUUGCUAUUACUUCUAUUCUGCUGAUUUAAACCAUUUAUGCACUAGUAUAUGAUGGGGUGAUUGGAUACUGAUAUGUAUUUAUUAUAUGUUUGCUUCUGUAAUCAUAAUAAAAACCGAAGUGCAUUUGUAAAUAAGGUAGUAGUCUGUAAAAAUGUUAGUCACUAGUAAGUGCCCUUAAUAAAAACGUUUUGCAAAUAUAUUCUGUGCAGCAGCAGCGCCAUCCUGAGGUCCUUUUACACUUCCAGUCGUCGUGUAAAAGCGAACGAUUUGCUUUAUAUUACAGCUUGUGGAUAACAAAGUAUCGCUUGAAACGCCGGUGUUUUGCUCCACCGGCUCGGUUAAAGAGCAAGUGAAUGCCAGAGAUCGCCUCACCUGCACUUUCUCCAUGAUUUACCUCAGUAUUUCCUCCAUCUCUCUGCAUGGUUGUGAUUGGGACAGAGCUGUCAUGGUUCAUAGGAUGUAAGGACAUCAUGUGUAUCUUUUAAAAGGAAGAACAGAAGCUAAAUCACACAGAAACGAGGAAAGAAGGAUUUUACUGACAAACUGUACCGGUGAAGAUGAAUGUUCUGGGGGCUUCAGGAGACCCAGAGGGAGAAGGCAGUGACGACUUAACAGGAAGGAAGAAGUCCAGGUUAAAGUCUAAGUCACGCCUGUUUGGGAAGAUAAGGAGGAAACAGGAUGAUAGUGGCAUGAAGCCGAGUCAGUCUGAAAGUGACAUCACACUGAGUGUGGACGACUCCGAUUGCUCCAAAGGCAUGCUGGGAUCCCGGGCAUUUUCAAAUGACAGCAUUUUUUAUGCAGAGCACAGUCAUUCAGACCCUGAACCACUAAGAAUUCUGUCUCAAGAGAACAUUCAUGGCAAAAUUCGAGCUCUGCAGAUAAAACUCCAGCAGCAAAAGCUGCAUUUAGGUCCUCAUCCACUUCUGUUGCCCAUUAAACGGCGUGUAGACUUAGGUGGAAGUUCAGAAGAUGACAGCCUUCCUCGUAGCCCCUCUGAAGUUUCCCGUGGAGAAGGAAUAUACAUGAGCAUAUCGAACAAGGCCUCUUCACAGCCGCUUUCUCCUCGGCCGGUCAGCCCAGCACCUGCACCCUUUUCCCCACUUGCCCCUGGCUCAGUGGACUUCAGCACUCCUCCACAAUUCACUUCCCUCCUGGACAACUCUGCUGCCCGUCACCGUAUGUCCCUCAAACCUAAGAAUCAAAGAGCCAGUGCCAAGAACAGGAGGGUGACCACUUCGGAAGUAAGCUCUGUGACCAACAAAAGUUUGUGA